UCAAACAAAAUACAUACCAUUUUCUUACAUAGCAAUAUCUCUUCAUUAUUGCACUUCAGAAUACUAUGGCCUCCACCAAAUCAUUCAUCUCAGUUUUUCUUCUUGCUCUGACCUUCUCAGGCAUGAUGAGCAUGAGCCUAGCAGCUCGCCAUCUUAUGCAGACAAGUGCACCAACAUUGCCAACAUUGCCAACAUUGCCAACUAUGCCUUCAAUUCCAGCCCUUCCUCAGGGUAAUGUUCCACCACUGCCCACUAUCCCAUCUUUGCCUACCACUUUGCCUCCACUUCCUACCAACAUCCCUAACAUUCCAACAAUUCCACAGCUCAACGUUCCUCCAUUGCCCUCAAUCCCAGCAUUCACAAUUCCAACUACUAUGCCCUCCAUCCCAUUCCUCUCCCCACCACCUUCCACCUCCACCCCUUAAACUACCUUUCUUUUCUUCAUCCUGGGCAAGCUACCGUCUCAGUCUGAUUCGUAGCAGUGCCAAGUUGCAUGCUUCCUAUAGAUAUGGCCUGAUUCCUUUUGUGUGAGAGCCUUGUGUGGUGUUUUCCUUUUACUUUUGUCGUAUGGUGUGAAAAACUGUAUUUCUUUUCAGUUUAUGUGAGUUAUCGCUAUUGUUUCUACUUUUUCUUGUAUUAUCGAUUACAGAUUGCGAAUGAUUACAGCUAUACAAAUUAUAAUGUCUUAUCCUUUAAUUUAAACUCUUCCAACAUCCUAAUUAGAUGUCUAA